AUGACGUUGUUUCACUUCUUCAACUGCGCGAUUCUCACCUUCGGCCCCCACGCCGUCUAUUACUCCGCCACGCCCUUGUCUGAGUAUGAUACACUCGGUACUUCUGUUAAAGCUGCACUUGUUUAUCUUGGAACUGCUCUAGUUAAGCUGGUAUGCUUGGCAACGUUUCUUAAUGUGUCUGAGAAUGAUAGCUUUGAUCCGUAUCAGGAACUACUGAAAGCACUGAUUGGAUUUAUAGAUGUUGCUGGGCUUUACUUUGCCUUGACCCAGUUGACUCACAGGAACAUCUCUCAAAAUCAUAAAUUUCAAGCUGUUGGUCUUGGGUGGGCUUUUGCUGAUUCUGUUUUACAUAGACUGGCACCUCUAUGGGUGGGAGCCAGAGGACUAGAAUUCACAUGGGAUUUCAUUCUGCAAGGCCUUGAAGCAAAUGCAAACCUGGUUUUGAGUAUAUCCCUUGCUGCUUUGGGAUCUCUGAUGUGGCUUCGGAAAAAUAAGCCCAAGACUUUGAUUCCCAUCAUAUAUGCAUGUGCAGGAAUUGUGGCAACCAUGCCAUCCAUCACAAGCUACUUGAGAAGAGGAUUGGGGUGGCAUUUCCCAAAGGUGGUAGGCUUUGAACUGUUCACCUCUCUGGUGACGGCCUUUAUUAGCUGGCAACUCUUUUCUGCAUGUCAGAGACCCUCUUCUUGA